AUGCAGGUGCAACAGGAUGGAGAGGACUUUGCCAGCCAGCCCUGGUACCACGGCCCCCUGUCCCGUCAGAAGGCUGAGGCCCUCCUGCAGCAAGAUGGGGACUUCUUGGUUCGAGCCUCCAGGUCCCAGGGGGGCCACCCAGUGAUCUCCUGCCGCUGGCAGGGCUCAGCACUACACUUCGAGGUGCUCCGUGUGGCCUUGCGUCCCCGGCCAGGCCGGCCCACAGCUCUCUUUCAGCUGGAGGAUGAACGUUUCCCAAGCCUGCCCUCCCUGGUUCGCAGCUAUGUGACUGGGCAGCGUCCACUGUCCCAGGCCACAGGGGCCGUGGCCUCCAGGCCUGUGAUACGGCAAGGGCCCAUUCGACGCAGCUUUAGUGAGGACACCCUCCUAGAGAGCCCAGCUCGGAUAGAGUUGCCCAGGGCUAGGAAGCGGAGUGACAGUCAGCCCGCAGGUUUGGAUCACAUGGGGCGGUCAAGAGAAGACCAUCCUGGACCAGGAGACUCCACUGUGCCCAUAUGUGCCCUCCCUCGGGUGGGUAGUGACCCCAUGUUGCUGAAGACCCCAGCUUCUCUGGGGUGUGUUACUGACAGCCUCAGGGCCUCCGAUGGGCAGCUUCAUGCCAAGGCACCCACCAAACCACCUCGAACACCCUCACUGUUGCUGCAUGAUGCGUCUGGACGCCCCCCAACGUACUGUGAGCUGGUGCCCCGAGUGCCCAGUGCCCAGGGAACACCCCCAGGCCACAGCGGCCCAGAGACAGAGGCCCCACCAUGGUGGGAAGCCAACGAAGAAGAGGAAGAGAACAGAAGUUUUGCAAGACCAAAGGCCGAGGUCUCUUUCUGGCCCCCUAACAGCCCCUUCUGCCUCCUGGGCCCCCAGAAUCGGCCCCUGGAGCCCAAAGUCCUGAGUACUCUCCGUGACCUAUUCCUGGAGCACCAUCCUGGGAGCACGGCCCUGCACCUAUUACUGGUAGACUGCCAGGCUACAGGCCUCCUAGGAGUGACCAGGGCUCAGCGGGGUGCCAUGGGGGUCGCCUCUGGCCUGGAGCUGCUCACACUUCCCCAUGGGCAUCGCUUGAGGUUGGAACUUCUGGAGAGACACGAGGCGCUGGCGCUGGCGGGGGCGCUGGCCGUGCUGGGCUGCGCGGGGCCGCUGGAGGAGCGUGCGGCCACCCUAAGGGGCCUGGUGGAACUGGCAUUGGCGCUGCGGCCAGGGGCGGCCGGGGACCUGCCUGGACUGGCCGCGGUCAUGGGCGCCCUGCUCAUGCCCCAGGUGUCCCGGCUGGAACGCACGUGGCGCCAACUCAGAAGGAGCCACACCGAGGCUGCGCUGGCCUUCGAGCAGGAGCUGAAGCCGCUGAUGCGGGCACUGGAUGAGGGCGCCGGACCCUGCGAGCCGGGCGAGGUGGCGCUGCCGCACGUGGUCCCCGCCGUGCGCCUACUGGAGGGCGAGGAGCUCCCGGGGCCGCUGGACGAGAGCUGCGAGCGGCUGCUGCGCACCCUGCACCGGGCGCGUCAGAUGGCCCGGGACGCGCCCAAGUUCCGUGAGGCAGCGGCCCGGCGCCUACGAGGAUUCCGGCCAAACCCGCAGCUGAGGGAGGCCCUGACCACAGGCUUCGUGCAGAGGCUCCUCUGGGGAAGCCGAGGCGUGGGGGCGCCGCAAGCCACACGUCUCGAGAAGUUCCAGCGCGUCCUCAGUGUCCUUUCGCAGCGCCUUGAGCCGGAUGUUUGA